GCGUCAAAUCCAUAAGAAAAAACAAAAAAUGAUCCAUCAAUGUUAUGUUAAAGAUGGCAUCAAACAACGGGAAAAACUUUUGUCAUAUCAAAUGAGGAUAACCUCAAUAAAUUCCUCUCCCAAUAUGGUCUGUCUGAACAAACUGACCCAAUCUGUUCCUCAUGAUGCUUGCUACCUGAAAUGAUAUUGGGCGUUCACCAGUUGCUAAUGAGCCACAGUGCAGUGUUCAUUCUUCUGUGCAGCACUAUUCACAAUAUGGCUUGUCACCCACCACUUACUACCUCUUCAUCCAUGUCAUCUGAGGUAUGGAACUUGUUUGGAAAGCCUGGAGAUGGAUAUUAUACAGAACUGGAAAUUGGUACACCUCCACAGAAGUUUAAUGUGCUAGUGGACACAGGCAGCAGCAACCUGGCAAUUGCAGGGGCUCCACAUAAAGAAUUGGACACUUUUUAUGUGAGACAGAAUUCCUCAACGUAUGUGGAUCUUGGCAGGGAUGUUAAGGUUAUAUAUACUCAAAGUAGUUGGACAGGCCACUUGGGACGUGAUUUGGCACAGUUUCCCAGUCUGCCUGGCACAGUACCUCUUGUAACAGACAUGGCACUUAUUACCAUGUCGGACAAUUUUUAUGUCAACAACUCACAUUGGCAGGGUAUUUUGGGCCUGGCCUUCUCAGCAUUAGCUCAGCCGCAAGGAGUAGUUGUCCCGUGGUUUGAUGGACUUGUUACCCGGAACCAUACUGCCAAUACUUUUUCCCUUGAAUUGUGUGGACCUUCUAUGGAAGAGGGCGUAUAUCACCACUUUGGACGACUAUUUAUUGGAAGUGAUGUUGGUGCCUGUUCACUCCCGGUUGUCACCACCCCCAUCAGACGAUCAUGGUUUUAUGAAGUGUUGGUGGUUGCAGUAGGUGUUGGGGAAACAUUACUGAGCCUGCCUUGUGUUAAGUACAACACAGAUAAGAGCAUUAUAGACUCGGGCACAUCUAAUCUGCAAUUGCCUUCUGAGGUGUUCAAGAUGGUUGUGUCAGAAUUGCAGUCACAGAUUUCGGAAUCAUUGGCACCACUUCCGAAGGAAUUUUGGUCAGGAAGUGAAGAAAUAUGCUGGUCCCAAGAUCACAAGGAAUGGGAUGCAUUCCCAAAUAUAACAGUUCACUUGGCUUACAACAACAACUCAGCAUUUACCAUAACACUCCAACCCCAAUCAUAUCUACGCCCUGCUCCAGAUGUCAUCACUGGCACCAAAGAUUGCUGGAUGUUGGGAAUUGACGAGUCACAAACAGGCACAGUGUUAGGUGCUGUAGUGCUGGAGGGUUUGUGUGUAACAUUUGAUCGGGAUCGGAAUGUGAUUGGGUUCUCUGAAUCACGCUGUGGUCCUGCCAUUACUCUCGGAGAGAUAUACAACUUCUCAGAUGUGCUGUCGUGUGUGUAUGUGCCAAGUGUAGUGGAUGAACUGACAGUAGCAUCUUAUGUUAUGAUUGGAAUCGUUGUACUGCUCUCACUGCCUCUAGUAUUGGCAGCAUUGAGGUGGACUUGGAAAUCUCUCAUUAAGCCGCGCAUUAACCCUGAGCUCCCAUUUCUUACCUUGGAUGAAACAAACACCUGAGAAUUCAACAUCAUAGUUUAAAUAUGCUUUGUAUUGUGUCAUAAUUAAGUUAUCAUAGAUGCAGCAAUUUGCUAAUCUGUCACAUUCAUAAUACUAGCAAACCUUGAACUACUUUUUUUAUGAUUUACUGGAAGGGGUGUCCAGUGUUGCCCAGGAUAGACUGUAUUUCCCCACCCUUCUUCCAACACACACACACACAGGACCACUUGGUUUGUGGACUUAAGUUAUCCGAAAGUUCCAGUUUCACAAUUGGGGGGUUGGGGUUUUCACACCUCCCAAACAACAUUCGGGAAAUGGUCUGCCAGGCCUCGCGCUGGCCCAGGCUUGGGAGAUGGUCUAGUUUGCCCACUGACCGUGUCGGGCGUCACUCUAGUGCCUCAUACCCUGUGAUGUCACUGAUUCAUGGCCCAUUGUUCCCAUUGUUUUGAUUUGUCACGAGGCUGGGGGUGUUUAUUCCGUGACUUGUUGGAUAUAUCUGUACAAUGUAGGAACAUCCGUGCACAAUGUCGGCUCCAAAUGCACGCAUUGUGUCAGUGAUGGCUGACUGGUGGGUGCAUGGGCGGGGCAGAGUGGGCAGGC